GGCCCACGCUCGCUCUCUCUUUCUCUCUCUCUCUCUCUCAUCUUCGCUGUGUUCGCGACUCCGCAUUUGAGAGAGAGAGAGCGAGGAGGCGAGGAGGAGAGAGAGAGGAAGAAGAAGAAGAAGCUCUCUCUCUUUCUCUCUCCCAUGGUGAGCGUCUUCUUCUUCUUCUUCUUCUUCUUCGUCGUCCUCUUCGCCUCAUCCCACCACCGCCACCAAUCGAACAAACCCUUGUCGUGUUUCCCUGAUCGCCAACGAGCCCAUUACCCCUUUUGACCCGACCAUCUCCUCCGCCCUGUAAAGCUACCGCCUUGCCGGGUUUAGUACUGGUUGAACCCCAUCUCCUCAAUCCUCCUCUUGCCGCGCCCCCUUUCCCCUCUCCAGUUCGAGCUCUUCUAGGGUUUGCCUCUGGGCAUGAACCCUCGGCCCCCUCCGAUGGCGCCGCACGCCGGGGCGGGGGCGGGGGCGGGGGCCGCCCCGGCUCUCCACUACCUGAACUCGCCCUUCGGCGACACCACCAGGACGAAGGUGUUCGUCGGGGGGCUCGCGUGGCAGACCCAGAGCGAGGGGCUGCGGCGCCACUUCGAGCGCUACGGCGAGAUCCUCGAGGCCGUCGUCAUCUCCGAUCGGUACACCGGCCGAUCCAAGGGAUACGGCUUUGUGACUUUUCGGGACGAAGAGUCGGCGGCGAGGGCUUGCUUGGAACCGGCUCCCGUAAUCGAAGGCCGACAGGCCAAUUGUAAUUUGGCUUCGCAAGGGCGGCCUCGACCGGCACCACCCUAUGUGCACAUAAGGCCGGCAGCCCCUUACUCCGGAGGCUUUCCAGUUCCUCGUGGCUCAUAUGUUGGAAAUUCCACUUAUGUACAGACAUUUCCAUACAACUACCAACAAGCCAUUCCAUAUCAACCAUAUGGGUAUCCAGCAUUUGGACCUGAAUAUGUAUACCAACAGAAUGUCUAUACUCCUUAUACAGGACAACAAUAUCUUCAAUUUUAUGGUGCACCCGGAAUGGCAAACCCAGCAGUUAUCCCAUAUGGGCAAUUUGGCCAGCCUCAACCUAGUAGUCCGGGUUUUCCAACAUUUCCGAGUUAUGCGUUGCCUAGUCAUCAUCAGCUUAUGCAAUUGACUGGUCCAACUGUCAAUGGAGUAACUACUGCACCUGCAACUCCUAUUCAGGCACCAUAUCCCACAGGAAUAGCAGGUCCACUACAAGGUCAGCCACAGUUAUUCAUCCCUCAUUCAGCACAAUUCAUACAGGGUGGUGGUUCAGAGCGAGCAACUGGUUGAGAGGAGCUUCGUUAUGAGCGACAUUUGGAGCAGGUAUCCUAUAGAUAUGCAGCAGGACGAAGAACUGCACUGCUACUCGAGCGGCACGCUUCUUUCCUUGCAAGCUAUCAUCUUUUGCAUUCUAGAGGUUGGUUGUCCAUUGCCGUGGUCGCCAGAUGUACCAAGAAAGUCAACAUGGAGUCGCUCCGUCGGAUGGAGCUAAGAGAAGCAGCAAAGAGCUCAAAUAUGCUCUGAAGCCCUGCUUCUGUCAUCAGGUGUCCGUAAAUUCCCAUUCCCUGCCAGAUUAUGUUGAAGAUUGGCGGAGGAUGGACUUGAACCGUCGUCGGAAUUGGAGUCCGCCGACCGGUAUAGGUAAACAUUAGGAGCUAAAUUAUUUUCCGAAGUCCAUGAAGCAAAUCUGGUUCUAUGGCCCUUCUCUUUUCUUAUCGGGUGGUUUUCGCGAUGCGUAUGUUACACACUGGAUGCAAAGUCUCGUAAUGCGAACCGAGUGUUUGCAUGUUUAGCGGGGUCUCUGAUUUGUGUACUUGGGAAGUCUUUUCUGAACUCUUUCAUGUUCAAAUAAGUAGUUGUGCUUUGAGAGCAUGCAGUAGGAGGCUUGAUGCUCUCUGUUCCCUGGUCAAAUUCAAGGUUGUUACUAAUCUCUUUGUUACCAAUCAUAUUAAGCUGUCCAAUAAUUAUGGAGCUUUAUUGGCAAUUCUUUUCCUUC